AUGGUCAAUGCCCAACCGGGUGAAGUUGAGUUUUGCACCUUGGGAAUGUUUAUUCUGGAUGAAAUUGAAUUCGGGGGCUCCAGGCCCGAUGUGAAAAAUGUCCUCGGAGGAGCUGCUUCCUUUGCGGUCGUCGGAGCCCGUCUAGUUGCAGGAUCAGACCAUGGACGGGCUGUGAGUUGGAUAGUCGAUGUGGGUUCCGACUUCCCAUCAGAAACCCUGGAAGUAAUCAAGUCGUGGGGGACAGACUGUGUGAUUAGAGAGGAUCGUACCAGACUCACAACAAGGGGCUGGAAUGGGUACCAUCCGAAUGAAAAACGAGACUUCAAAUAUCUCACUCCAAAGUUGAGACUUGAGCCCGAGAUGUUGUCGGAUACGCAGAUAUGGUCGCGCACUUUCCACAUGGUCUGUUCGUCAACUCGUUGCAUGUCUAUCGUACAUGAUAUCCUUCAGCGCCGAGAGCGGUUGCGUCAAGCAGGCCAAGCGCCUUCUACGAGAUAUGCCUCUGAGAGACCAAUCUUUGUAUGGGAACCAGUGCCUGAUCUCUGCACUCCAGAAGAGCAGGAGAAGUUUUUCGAGGCAAACAAAGUUGUCGAUGUGGUGAGCCCUAACCAUCUAGAGCUAGGAAUGAUGUUUGAUCAGCCCGGAUGGAACGAGAAGGAUGAAGACAGCAAACAGUUAGUCCAAAGGAUCCUUGACACAGGAAUUGGCCCCAAUGGCGAUGGAUGCAUCGUUAUUAGAGCAGGGAAAGAUGGAAGUUAUGCCUAUUCAAGGACCCAGCGGGUCUGGCUUCCUGCGUAUCACCAACCUGACACCUCGGGUGCUACAGCCGUCAUUGAUCCCACUGGUGCGGGUAAUUCGUUCCUAGGUGCGUUGGCUCAGGGAUUAGUGACUGCCGGCCGAACGCCAUUCUACGUCAUUGAGUCUACUAUGUCAGACUCGCACAACUGGAAGCAAGCUAUGGAAUCUGGAGGCCAGCACCGCGACCUGCUCGGGGCGUUGAUCUGUGCGACUGUCGCUGCUGGUUUCGUGGUGGAGCAGAUUGGCGUGCCGAGGAGAUUUGUGAAUGAUGGAAAGGAGCAGUGGAAUCAAACUGAAUUCACGGAACGAGUCCGCCUGUACACGCAGCGAUUAUUCAAGACACUGGAAGAGUCUCCACAGAGACACCUGUUGGCCAAUUGA